AUGAAGAUGUGCACUCUCCAUCUUCCUCACUCCCUCUCUCCUCUGCUCUUUUACAGAAGCUGCACAGACGUACUGUGCUGUGUGCUCUUCAUCAUUGUCAUCUUCGGCUACGUUGCGCUGGGCACUGUGGCCUGGAUUCACGGAGACCCGAGAAAAGUGAUAUAUCCCACUGACAGCUCAGGCCAGUUCUGUGGACAGAAAGGCACACCCAACGCAAAGAAGACCAUACUGUUCUACUUUAACAUACUGAAAUGCGCCAGCCCUGCAGUUUUAAUAAAUCUCCAGUGUCCUACUACUCAGAUGUGUGUUUCAAACUGUCCGGACCGCUUCGCCACCUACACGGACAUGCAGCUCCAGUACAGGUUCAACAAAAGCCACUGGGAGUACUACAAACAGUUCUGCAAACCAGGCUUCAACAACCCCAAGAAGCCUGUAGCGCAGGUCCUGCGAGACGAGGACUGUCCAUCAAUGAUAGUGCCCAGCAGACCAUUUCUGCAGCGCUGCUUCCCAGACUUCAUCACCAGAAACGGGACACUAACGGUGGCCAAUAAAACCGCCUUCAAAGACGCACUGGACACGGCACGGAGCGUGACUGAGCUCAGAGACGCAGCCAAUGGUAUAACAGGUAUACUAGAUGCCAAACAGUUGGGUAUGAAAAUCGUAGAGGACUACGCCAACUCUUGGUACUGGAUCGUGAUAGGGCUGAUCAUAGCGCUGGUGGUCAGUCUGAUCUUCAUCCUGCUGCUCCGCUUCACUGCCGGCUUUCUUCUCUGGUUCAUCAUCAUCGCCGUCAUUGUACUCGUAGCCUACGGAAUCUGGCACUGUUACUCGGAGUUCACAGCACUGAGAGAAACUCCUGGAGCGGACGUCACAAUCUCAGACAUCGGCUUCCAGACGGACGUCCACGUCUACCUGCAGCUCAGCCAGACCUGGCUGGUCUUCUUGGUCACUCUGGGUUUGACUGAAGCUUCUAUAGUUCUGAUGCUGAUUUUCCUGAGAAACAGAGUGCGCAUCGCCAUCGCCCUGCUGAAAGAGGGCAGCAAGGCCAUCAGCUACAUCACAUCUGCUUUAUUCUACCCGGUCAUCACCUUCCUGCUACUGGUCAUCUGUAUCUCCUACUGGGCCGUUACAGCGGUCUUUCUGGCAUCUUCCGGUGAAGCCGUCUACAAAGUGAUGUCAGCGCAGCCCAACUGCAAAUACACCAACCUCACCUGCAGUCCAGAAACCUUCAACAGCACCAACAUCACUAAGCAGUGUCCUGGGGCUCAGUGUCUGUUUGCGUUUUACGGCGGUGAGAGCGUGUAUCAUCGCUACAUCUUCAUCCUGCAGCUCAGUAACCUGCUGGUCUUCCUCUGGCUGGUGAACUUCACCAUCGCUCUGGAACAGUGUACCAUCGCUGGAGCUUUCGCCUCCUAUUACUGGGCCAAGAGGAAACCAGCGGACAUCCCGCCCUGUCCCGUCUUCUCUUCUUUCACCCGCACCAUACGGUAUCACACAGGGUCUCUUGCCUUUGGGUCACUGAUCUUAGCGUUUGUCCAGCUCAUCCGGAUCGUCCUUGAAUACCUGGACCACAAACUCAAAGGAGCUCACAACGUUAUUGCCCGGUUCCUGCUCUGCUGUCUGAAGUGCUGCUUCUGGUGCCUGGAGCGCUUCAUUCGCUUCAUGAACAGAAACGCCUACAUCAUGAUCGCAAUCUAUGGGAAGAAUUUCUGCACGUCAGCGCGGGAAGCGUUCUUUUUGCUGAUGAGGAACGUAGUGAGGGUGGCAGUGUUGGACAAAGUCACAGACUUUCUGCUGUUCUUAGGGAAGCUCUUGGUCGCGGGAAGUGUGGGUGUCGUUGCCUUCUUUUUCUUCACACACAAGAUACCCAUCAUUCAGGAGGAAGUUCCGGUCUUGAAUAAUUACUGGGUGCCUCUGUUGACAGUUGUAUUCGGGUCCUACUUGAUUGCACACGGCUUCUUCAGCGUCUAUGCAAUGUGUGUGGACACCCUGUUCCUUUGCUUCUGUGAGGAUCUGGAGAGAAACGACGGCACUCAGGCGAAGCCAUUCCUCAUGUCCCCCGGCCUGCACAGAAUCCUGGGAGGAGUCGAGCAGAGCCCCAAAAAGUCGAGAGUGUAG